ACUGAGAGCUGAAAUGGAGCAGAGAAUAGUUCAACUAGACCAAAGUAACUUUUCUUGUUCAAUUUGUUUGGAUCUACUGAAGGAUCCGGUGACUAUUCCCUGUGGACACAACUACUGUAAGAACUGCAUUAAUUGCUACUGGGAUGGAGAAUAUCAGAUGAUGAUCCACAGCUGCCCUCAGUGCAGGAGAGAGUUCAUACCGAGACCUGUCCUGGAGAAAAACUUCAUGUUAGCUGAGUUGGUGGAGGAUCUGAAGAAGACUGGACUCCAAGCUGCUCCAGCUGAUCACUGCUAUGCUGGACCUGAAGAUGUGCCCUGUGAUGUCUGCACUGGGAGGAAGAUGAAAGCUGUCAAGUCCUGUCUGGUCUGUUUGGUUUCUUAUUGUAAGAAUCACCUCCAACCUCACUACAAUGCUCCACCUUUACAGAAUCACAAGCUGGUGAAUCCCUCUAAGAACCUCCAGCAGAACAUCUGCUCUCGUCACUAUGAGGUGAUGAAGAUCUUCUGUCGUACUGAUCAGCAGUGUAUCUGUUAUCUCUGUGCUAUGGAGGAACAUAAAGGCCAUGAAAUGGUUUCAGCUAAAGCAGAAAGAGCUGAGAAGCAGAAGAAGCUCAAGGAGAGUCGACAACAAAUCCAUCAGAGAAUCCAGGACCAAGAGGAAGAUGUGAAGCUGCUUCAACAGGAGGUGGAGGCCAUCAAUGUCUCUGCUGAUAAAGCAGUGGAGGACAGUGAGAAGAUCUUCACUGAGCUGAUCCGUCUCCUCCAGGAAAGAAGCUCUGAGGUGAAGCAGCAGAUCAGAUCCCAGCAGGAAACUGAAGUGAGUCGAGUCAAAGAUGUUCAGGAGAAGCUGGAGCAGGAGAUCACUGAGCUGAAGAGGAAAGACGCUGAGCUGGAGCAGCUCUCACACACAGAGGAUCACACCCAGUUUCUCCUCAACUACCCCUCACUGCCAGCACUCAGGGAGUCGACACACUCAUCCAGCAUCAACAUCCGUCCUCUGAGACACUUUGAGGACGUGACAGCAGCUGUGACAGAGCUCAGGGACAAACUACAGGACGUCCUGAGAGACGCAUGGACAAACAUCUCAGUUGCAGUAACUAAAGUGGACGUUCUACUAUCAGAACCAGCAUCAGAACCAAAGACCAGAACGAGAUUAUUAAAAUAUUUACAAGAAAUCACUCUGGAUCCAAACACGGCUCACAGAAAUCUGUUAUUAUCUGAAGGGAACAGGAAAGUAACAUUAAUGGGACAAAAACAAUUUUAUCCUGAUCAUCCAGACAGAUUCUCUGGUGUUUUUCAGGUCCUGAGCAGAGAGAGUCUCAUUGGACAUUGUUACUGGGAGGUUGAGCGAACUGGGAGUGGAGUUUAUGUAGCCGUUUCAUACCAGAACAUCAACAGAACAGAAGCUUUUGGAUUCAAUGACAAAUCUUGGUCUUUAUAUGGUUACACAGACAGUUACACAUUUUAUUACAACAACAUUGAAACUCCAGUACCAGGUCCAGUUUCCUCCAGAAUAGGAGUGUACCUGGACCACACAGCAGGUAUUCUGUCUUUCUACAGCGUCUCUAAAACCAUGACUCUCCUCCACAGAGUCCAGACCAGAUUCACUCAGCCGCUACAUGUUGGAGUUGGUCUUUACUUCUCCCUUUCCUGUUCUGAUGCCUCCUCUGCUGAGUUCAUUAAACUGAAAUAGUCAGCAGUGAUCUGAGGUCCAGUUGGUUAAAAUGUGUAUUUUAGUCCCAGUUCCUUUUGUCUCCAUCAUUGUUGCUGAGAGAUCAGCUGUCUUAGUGGAGCUACUCUGUCAUCUUUGUUGUUUUAAUGUUUGAUGUGUGGUGAGAAUCUAAUUUCUUAAUUUUCUUGUAAAACUGAAUACAUUUUGAAAAUUUACAAUUGAUCAUACUUAGCUGCAUCAUUAUCACAUUUGUCAUUUCUGUUUCACAUGAUGUCACCAGAAUCUGCUUGAGUUUCUGAUUAUUUUUAAAACAAAUUAACUAGUAAUGUUGUAUCUGCAGCAUUAUUUUUUUUUCUCUGCUUUCAGUUUAUUUUUUUGUACCUCCAGAAUCUCCCUGCACUUCUUACUGUCAUGCUUUUAGUCUGAAUGUGUAACAAACUGCCAAGUGUGGAUUGUUGAAAGCAUCAUAAACAUGAUAUUGAUUUAC